AAACGAGAGUGGAAACUGUACUUGAGGGUGUCUAUGGUGAAACGAUGCCUAUUGAUUGAAAAGUAUGGGCUUUAGCAAUCUCGUUUUAGUUUAUAGAUGGAUUCGCCGCCUGGUAAAUAGCUUUGAGGUAUAUUUUUGGGUGUUGGUUAAGCAAUAUUCAAGUGAAACAGCAGUGUCGUAGAGGAAUACAGCUGAUCAGAAGUUGCAGUGAAAGAUCUCUUGCUGGGUUGUGAAGGAGGAAGUUGGAGCUGGUCAGACAAUUCACCGGAGCUGUGGUCAGGGGUUGGAUGAGCCGACCUCCCCAAAUUCAGAGCCCAUUAUAACAGAUCCUAGGCCCAGGGACCUCAGUGCUGUCUCACAUAUGGACGUUCAGGGUUACAGAUGGGUAUGCUGGAAGGUGUGGCUGUGCCACUUUGGGGCGCUAUGUACUUUAGGCCUGCUGCUAGUACUCUUCAAGUGGCGUCCUCGCCUUGGCAUCUGGGCCCGUUGCACCUCCUGUCCAAUUCCAAUGGCAGAUGUUCUGCUAUUAAAGGACAGAUAUGGACAGCAGUUUGUUAUAGAUGUGCUUACUGAAGAGAUUGAGGAAGGCAGUUUGGAGUUUGCGGUAGCAGAUACAGAUGAAAAUGAAUGGAGGGACACUGUGCAGCUGCAGACAGAAAAGAAAACAGUGCUCAGAUACUAUGUGUUUGAGGGCAUGCGUUACAUAUGGAUGGCCAAGAAAGGAGCUUUCUGCAAAGCAAGUAUUCUCAAUGAAGACUGGACCUGUUCUGACCUGCAUGGCCGACAGCAAGGACUGAGUAGAGCAGAACAAACUGCAAGAAAGCAGAUCUUUGGGGCCAAUAUUAUUGAUGUACCUGUGAAGUCUUACUUGCAGCUUCUCUUUGAGGAGGUCCUCAAUCCGUUCUACGUGUUUCAGGUGUUUAGCAUCAUCCUGUGGAUGUCAGACCACUACUAUUAUUACGCUGCUUGUAUCUUCAUCAUAUCCUUAAUUUCUAUUGCUGUGUCCCUCUAUGAGAUUCGUAAGCAAAGCACAACUCUACGCCGCAUGGCCCGCUUGGUAGUGAAUGUUACUGUGCGCAGAGACAAUGGAGAGGAGUUUGUGAGCUCUGAGGAGUUGGUUCCAGGGGACUGUGUUGUGAUUCCGGCUGAGGGUCUGUUCCUGCCGUGUGAUGCCGCUCUGCUGGAAGGGGAGUGCAUGGUGAACGAAAGCAUGCUGACUGGUGAGAGUAUACCUGUGAUGAAGACUUCAUUGCCUGUGUCUGGGGCAACAUACAGUCCAGAGUCUCAACGCAGACACACUUUGUUUUGUGGUACACAUCUCAUCCAGGCUAAAGGAGGUGGUGCUGAUGGGAAAGUGUCCAUUGCUGUUGUAACACGCACAGGGUUUUUCACGGCCAAAGGGGAUCUUAUAAGCUCUAUCCUCUACCCUCAACCAUUAGACUUCCGCUUUUAUAAGGAUGCAGUGAAGUUCCUACUUUUCCUAGGAGUUCUUGCACUGGGCGGCACUAUUUAUAGCCUUGUCAUACUUUCAAUGAGCAAUACUACCUGGAACAAACUUAUAAUUAGAUCUCUGGACAUUGUGACAAUAAUAGUCCCACCGGCUCUUCCUGCUGCUUUAACUACAGCUGCUAUCUAUGCCCAGAAUCGACUGAAGCGGUGUGGGGUGUUCUGCAUUAGCCCUCCUCGCAUUAACAUCUGUGGCAAAAUAUCGCUUUUCUGUUUUGACAAGACAGGCACUCUUACAGAGGAGGGUCUGGAUGUGUGGGGUGUGAUGGAAGCUAAUGGAACAGGAUUUGGCGAGCUAGUCCCUGACCCUCAUUUACUCCCUCCUGAGCCGAUGGUCUCUGCACUUGCCUCCUGUCAUUCGGUGGCUUUGCUGGGGGGUCAACCAAUUGGAGACCCACUAGAGCUCAAAAUGAUCGAGUCCACUGGCUGGACACUGAUGGAGCCUGCAAAUGAGAUGGGACUUGAUUUGGAGUUUGGAAGACACAGAGUACUUGCUGUGAUGAGGCCUCCUGCAUCUGAGCUGCAGUCGGGGGGAACUUCUGUCAGUCAGCCAGUGGCAAUAUUGCGGCGGUUUCCUUUCUCCUCUUCUUUGCAAAGGAUGAGUGUGGUGACUGUAGGACCAGGAGGAGGUUCACCUGUCGCAUUUCUCAAAGGAGCACCUGAGAUGGUGGCCAGUUUCUGCCUUAAAGAAAGUGUGCCUACACAUUUUUCACCCACUCUCCGGGAGUACGCAAGCCAGGGCUUCAGGGUCCUAGGAUUUGCCUUUAAGAGGCUUGCUAAUGAGACUGCCUUGAGCACUGUCGAAAGGGUGGAGGUGGAGAAGGACAUGAACUUCCUGGGUUUGUUAGUCAUGAAGAAUCAAGUGAAGCCAGAGAGUGCAGGAGUAAUUCAUACCCUUAAAAUGGCACACCUUCGGCCUGUCAUGGUUACAGGUGACAACAUCCUCACAGCUGUGAAUGUAGCACGUGCAUGUGGAAUGGUUUUGUCACAUGAGCGGGUUAUUUUUGUUCAUGCAUCGCCCCCUACUGCCUGUUCAAUGGCCUCACUACAGUUUCAUCAAGGAGACGGUGUAAUAGUCACCAUUAAUACUCAGGAAGCUAUGGAUGUUCAGGCACAGGGCCUCUAUCAGAGUGGUGCUGGCUAUCAUUUGGCUAUAAAUGGGGUGUCCUUUGCAGCACUUUGUGAUCAUUUCCCUGAAUAUCUUCCAGAGAUUCUCAUGAGAGGUACAGUAUAUGCCCGCAUGACUCCAGACCAGAAGACCCAGCUGGUAAAAGCUCUGCAGAAACUGAAUUACAGAGUGGGCAUGUGUGGGGAUGGAGCCAAUGAUUGUGGUGCCUUGAGGGCUGCAGAUGUUGGUGUGUCAUUAUCUGAGGCGGAGGCCUCCGUGGCUUCUCCUUUCACAUCCAAGUCUGACAACAUUAGCUGCGUGCCUUUACUUAUAAAGGAAGGCAGGUGCUCACUGGUGACAUCAUUCAGUCUUUUCAAGUACAUGGCCUUGUACAGUUUAAUCCAGUUUGCCUCUGUACUUAUUCUCUACACUGAGAAAACAAACUUGGGUGACUUGCAAUUCCUCUUCUUUGACUUGGUCUUGGUGACGGUUUUGGCUAUAGUGAUGGGAAAAGGAGGCCCCAGCGAUGGGCUCCAUCCACAGAGACCAUCUGCCAGCCUUCUGUCUCUGCCAGUGCUUGCUAGUUUACUGGUGCACACUGUACUGCUCAUCCUAGCUCAGGUGUCUGUCCUGCUUAUCACAGUGUCACAAGACUGGUAUGUGCCCCUAAACUCCACUAACACAGGAGCUGCAAACCUCCCCAACAUGGAGGACACAAGCGUGUUUGUCUUAUCAGGGUUCCAGUAUAUCAUCAUGUCUGUUGUGAUAACUAAAGGAUAUCCUUACAAAAAACCACUAUAUUACAAUGUUUUGUUCCUAGUCACUCUGUUGGUCUUCUUUGGAAUUAUGAUAUGGCUAGUGCUUUUUCCGCAUACCAUCAUCCAUAGACUGCUGGAGCUCUAUGACAUUCCCGAUAUGAGCUACAAACUUCUACUGGUGGCUGUAGCUGCACUUAACUUCUUCAUAUGUUACUUGCUCGAGAUUCUUAUUGACCGAGGUGCCCUAAACUGCCUUCGCAAUUUUCAAGGAAAACAUGAGUCCAAGAAGCAGUACAAACGUCUGGAAACCCUCUUAGCAGAAACCCCCUCAUGGCCACCCCUGAACCAGCCCUUGUUCUCACCACAGUGCUCCUCAAUUGGUGUUAGCUAACACCUGCCUCCCCCUUUAGCAUCUCAGAUUUCCUUCUCUACACAUAUCAAAGGUUGUCAAAGAUCUGUUACCACCUCUCAAUGCACUAGUGAGGUAUGCAUACCAGACGCUAUCUUUUUCUGCCUAUUAUAUAUGGCACAGGACUUCUUAUCAUGCAGCAACAGGAGUAAACUAAAAAUCACUGUUAAUGAUGAUGUUUUUGAUACAAAAUAUAAAUAAAGCAUAACAACUUUUUUAAAUGUUUUGAAAGAUUUAAAUUCAGGGGCCAAACUGAUUUGGGGUAAAACCUGAGAUGGUCACGAGUGAUCUGGAGCAUUUUUCCUAGGAUUUUUGCACAUUAUUUUUUUAACCAAUAUAAAAUAUAUACAUGAAAAUUACUAAAUGUUAUACUAAAUAAAGGGCAUAUAUCCAUGAUGCACUUGCUUUGUUUUUGUUUUUUUUAC